AUGUUCUGUGGUUUCCGCUGCUACUGUCACUCAUUUCAUUCUGUUUAUUCUUUGAUCGCCAUUUUAGUCAAUAUUGUGGUAGUAAACCGAACAAAUAGGAAAAUUUGUGUAAAAGUUGGACCCUAGUAAAAUCCACUUGAUAUAAAAAAUGCCAAAUAUAAAAUUGCAAUCAUCCGAUGGCGAAACCUUCGAGGUCGACGUAGAAAUCGCGAAAUGCUCAGUUACUAUUAAAACUAUGCUUGAAGACUUGGGAAUGGACGAUGAAGAAGAAGAAGUAGUUCCAUUACCUAAUGUAAAUUCUGCUAUUCUGAGAAAAGUUAUUCAGUGGGCAACUUACCACAAAGACGACCCACCACCACCAGAAGAUGAUGAUAACAAAGAAAAAAGAACUGAUGAUAUUUCUUCGUGGGAUGCAGAUUUCCUAAAAGUUGACCAGGGUACUCUAUUUGAGCUGAUUCUAGCUGCCAAUUAUCUUGAUAUUAAAGGAUUGCUGGAUGUUACAUGCAAAACAGUUGCAAACAUGAUCAAAGGCAAGGCUCCUGAAGAAAUUCGAAAGACUUUUAACAUCAAAAACGAUUUCACAGCUUCAGAAGAAGAACAAGUUAGAAAGGAGAAUGAAUGGUGUGAAGAAAAGUAAUUUAUUGAUUGUUUGAUAUUUAUGUGAAUAUUGUAAUACCAUAUUAAAUGCUUACUUAAAAUGUUAUUUGGACAAAGAUGACUGUGCUGUAUAUUUCAGAAAGAUUAAAUUCAUAGUCUGACAGUUCAUUCAUUAGGAAUUUGUAUUUAAAUUAAAUAGUGUUUUUCAUAAAAUAGUAUUUUUCUUCAUUAUAUUCUUUACAUUGAAAAGUUCUGUAAGUAAUGAGAUGAUCACACUUUCGUUGAUAAUUUCUUCCAUCUUACUUGGCUAUUUUGAAAAAUACAUACUAUGUUGAUGUAAA